CGCACAUGCGCAGUGCACCCCCGGCCUCUGUAGUGAUGCAAAGAUGGCGUCCUCCGUGGCUAUCUGCACAGCACGUUUACUCAACUCUGUAGGAGUGUCUUCUGGCCAUCGUCGGGCUUGCUUGCUGCUUGCCUCGGCUAGACAUGGAGAAGCCUGUGCCACGGCGAUCUUGGAGACACAACGGUGCAGGAUAGGGGGCAACUUUGGAUGUUUGAGACCUGGAAAUGCAGUGACAUUGAGACUCACAGGACUGAGGUCCCCCCAUGUUGUCAGCAGUAGUCACUCCUUCCACACUAGCUGCUCCUCAGCUAACAAACAGGACUUGUAUGAUGUUCUGGGGGUGCCUCGCUCGGCCACUCAGAAAGAGAUCAAGAAAGCCUACUAUCAGAUGGCUAAGAAGUACCACCCAGACACCAACCAGGAUGACCCUCAGGCCAAGGAGAAGUUUGCCAAGCUGGCAGAAGCCUAUGAGGUGCUGAGUGACGAGGUGAAGAGGAAGCAGUAUGACACGUACGGGGCGGCAGGCUUCGACCCAGGCCAGGCGGGAGGGGGGGCGGGGGGGCAGCAGUACUGGAGGUCCGGGGGGGCCAGUGUCGACCCAGAGGAAAUGUUCAGGAAGAUCUUCGGGGAGUUCACAGGAGCACGGGGGUUCGGAGACUUUAACAGCAUGUUUGAACAGAGGCCAGAGUUUGUGAUGGAGCUGACGUUCACCCAGGCAGCGAAGGGAGUGAACAAGGAGAUGACAGUGAACCUGGAGAAUGCUUGUCAGAGAUGUGACGGUAAAGGCAGUGAGCCAGGAACCAAGGUCCAACACUGUCACUACUGCAACGGCACCGGCAUGGAGUCUAUAAACACGGGCCCGUUCAUGAUGCGCUCCACUUGUCGUCGAUGUGGUGGGCGGGGCUCCAUCAUGACCACGCCCUGUGUGAUGUGUCGCGGCUCGGGACAGACCAAACAGAGACAGACCGUCACCGUGCCUGUACCUGCGGGAGUAGACGAUGGACAGACUGUACGAAUGCCAGUGGGGAAGAAGGAAAUCCACAUCACAUUUAGAGUCCAGAGGAGUCCAGUGUUCAGACGUGAUGGUAUCAACAUCCACUCUGAUGUUCACAUCUCUGUGGCCCAGGCUAUUCUGGGGGGCUCUGCUAGAGCACAGGGACUCUACAACACCAUAGAUAUACAGGUGAGAUGGACGGGGAGGGGGAGAAAGAGUUAGAUCUCUGUAGCCCAG